UUACGAUCUCAAGUAUUGAUAGACACAUUGAUCUAUCAGGUAAUGUGAUUAGAAAGAAGUAUGACAUCAAAAUCGACUGUAUGGUAGAUAAAUGUGAAGAAUUUUUAUUCCCUCUUAAGCCAGAGGAACAAGAUAAUGUCGCCUUUACAUUCGCCAAAGCUAAAAGUUUAAAUGACAAAUCUCAUGUAUUAACUUUUAAAAAGGAAAAGAAAUCAUCAGAAAAAUUUAAAGAUUUUACUAUGUACCGAUUUGAUUUGAAGGCCAUUAAAUUUCCUACCAAUCUAGAUAUUAGUGUUUUUUUAUUACCUAAAUUUGUCAAACCUCACCCAGCUCAAAUUAAACAAAAUGAAAAACAAUCUUUGCUUUUCAAUGAUAAUUUAUAUGUAUGGUUACCAUAUAAUAUUCAAUCUCAAACUACAAAUAUAAAAUUUCCUAGCAUUACUAAAAUUGAAAGCUAUACUCAAACAAAAGAUUCUUCUCUCACGAAGUUGUCGUACACUGCAGACACAUCGAUGAAUAUGAAGAAUACUAUGAAUAAGUAUAGAUCUUUGACAUAUGGGCCAUUUCCAAACCUUCCUGCUUACUCAAAUCAUGAAUUAACGGUCCAUUACGAACACGACGUCCCUAUACCCAUCAUAACCAAUCUAGACCGGGAGAUCGAAAUUUCUCAUUGGGGACUCAUUUCCGUGAAAGAGCUCAUAGAUAUAGAAAAUCAGGGGGCUACUCUUAUACCGCCAUUUUCUCGUUUCAAAUUUCAACAGCCAGGUGGGGAGGCCGGAAUUGCUUUGACUAAUUAUCAAACCAUACUUCCUACCCAUGCUCGGGACGUGUAUUAUAAGGAUCAGAUAGGCAACAUUUCGACUUCCAACGUUAUCUAUCACCAGCACAGUGACGAGUUGGGCGGUUCGGAUACGGGUCCCGUUGAGGUCAUCAUUAAACCCAGGUUCCCACUUUUCGGAGGCUGGAAGACCAACUAUAUACUCGGGUACAACCUACCUACCUAUCCUUACCUGUCCCAUAGAGGCGCGGAUUACGAGUUAAAAAUGAGAUUCGUCGAUCAUAUAUACCAUGAUCAAGUUAUCGAAAAGGCUGUGGUCAAAGUGAUCUUUCCGGAAGGUGCUAGCAUUGUCAAGGUCGACACUCCCUACUCAGUUAAUAGACGCGAUUCGUCCGACUCUAAAAUGCCUGUAAAAAGGCAUUACACUUAUUUGGACACUAUUGGUAGACCCGUCCUUGAAUUGUCUAAGGAAAAUCUGAUCGACGAACAUAUCCAAGAUUUUAUAGUUCAUUACAAGUUCGAAAAGGUCUACAUGCUCCAAGAACCUCUAUUACUUAUAUCAGUCUAUUUUCUGCUCUUUUGUGCCGUUAUCAUUUAUGUGCGCCUAGAUUUUUCAAUCACAAAAGACGAAAUGAGUGAAACAAAAUUAAGAGUUUCUGGUCAAUUGGAUAAAAUAAAGUAUCUGCAGCACGAAAGAAACACCCUAUACGAUUCUUACACCGAAUGCAUCGGCAAAUUUAAGAUUGACAAAGAUUUAACGAAUUUUACUGGCAACAAAAAAAAGAUUGAAAGUGAGUUGAAAAAAAUUCACCAAAAAAUAAACGAUUUGCAAAGCAGUCUUAAAGGUGACUCGAACGAUAUGGCGGAUAAGAUCAAUGAAUUACAAAAACUAGAUAAGACGCUGAAGGAAGUCAUGACAGUGUGGGUUUCCAAUGCAGAAAAAGCGGUAUCGGGUAAAAUGACCAGGCAGAUUUAUAGCGAUUCUGAAAAAAAUAAUAGCGUUAAAAAGGACGAAAUAAUAGAUAAGAUGGAUUCUAUUGUUGAUAAUUGAUUAGAUAUUUUUAAAAAAAUUAAAUUUUUUAUGUAUAUAUUAUUUUUUUAUAUAUAAAAUUUACUAUAUUUGUUGUGUUGGAUGGAUUCAUUAUAAAAUUUCAAUUUUUAUUAUAAUUUGAAAAUGAUUUUAGUAUUGUUUUAUUGGGUAAAUAA